AUGGUCACGGGGCACAGCCUGGGGGGAGCUCUCUUGCAGCAGAGGUUCUCGUUGCCCCCAUUCAGUAUACAUUGCUCCCUCCCUCCCAUCGUGCUAUUAUCGUGCCACCAUGCCACCAGGUAUCACAUCAUGGUCACGGGGCACAGCCUGGGGGGAGCUCUCUUGCAGCAGAGGUUCUCGUAUCACAUCAUGGUCACGGGGCACAGCCUGGGAGGUGCUCUCUCCACUCUCUUCACAUAUGACCUUGCCCAGUCUGACCUCAAGAAGCAGCACGGAUUCACCCUCUCUCUCUACAACUUCGGCUCUCCUCGUGUGGGCAACCAUGCCUUUGCUGCUCGCUUCAACCAGCUUGUGGGUGACAGCUGGCGCAUCGCCAAUGACCAUGAUAUAGUGCCGCGUGUCCCCUACGUGCUCUACAAGCACGUGGCCACUGGGGUGGUGCUUCGACCCGACUCGCAGAAGUUGGAAAAGGUGGGUGGGAGUGGAGUGAGUAGCACAGCUGUCCGUGCAUGGGUGUGCUGGUGCCGCAUGUGUCUUACGUGUUCUACAAGCACGUGGCCACGGGGGUGGUACUUCGCUCCGACUCGCAGAAACUGGAAAUGGUGGGUGGGUGCAGUGAACCGCGUUGCCAACGACCAUGACAUAGUCCCACGUGUGUCUUACGUGUUCUACAAGCACGUGGCCACGGGGGUGGUGGUCCGGCCCGACUCCCAGAAACUGGACAAGCACGUGGCCACAGGGGUGGUGGUCUGGCCCGACUCCCAGAAACUGGACAAGGUGGGUGACAGAAGCGAGCAACCCAAGCUGCUGUUUGACGGUGCCGGUGCCAGCAAGCACUCACAGCCCGCAUACUUCCUCUCGCUGCUCAAGGUGAGCUGCUUGGUGGCGGUGUGGUGGGGUGAAGGUGGGUUAAGACCCUCGCAUGCACUCAUAGCCGGCAUACUUCCUCUUGCUGCUCAAGGUGCAUUGCUGGCUGGGCUGUGCUCUCAGGGUGUGUGA